CAGUAAUAAGGAGUAUCGACUGUAGGCGGAAUACUCCCAUACAAGAUGGGAGGGGAUCGCUGGACACUUGGAAAGGGGGGGCAGGUGCCUUUAUUUAGGGCUCUGACAGCUUCAUGAGAACAUGACUGCACUGGCCUCUGUCAAUCCAGAACUGAAGCCAGGACCACAGAACUCAGCAAAGAUAUGGAAACAAGCAAUGCAAUGCUGCAGGAAGGGAGGAAUCAAGUUACUUCCAGCUCACACUCUCUACACGCUCAGGAUAAGAGUAUUAGGAGGCUGAAAUGGGCUGUUGCUUUCUGUUUCAUUCUCCUGGCCACCUUGGUACUGUUUACAGUUUGCCUAUUACAAGGUGGUUUUGCUUUACGAUGUGGCUUCCCUGACAAGACAGACAAGGGACAAAUGGACAGACAGGAAGGGCUAAAUCUAGACACAGAGAAAAGACCCAAGGCUCAUCUAACAGGAACAAGGCAAAUUGACGCAAGUGGUCGACUGCAUUGGGAAUCUAAACGUGGUCUGGCAUUUCUCACAGGUGGAAUGAUAUAUUCCAAUAAAUCCAUCGUCAUCCCUAAAGAAGGAUAUUAUUUUGUCUACUCUCAAUUGUCAUUCCGCCCUGCAGGCAGUACAUGUGCUGAUGACACGUCUAUAUCACAGAGCAUCACAAGGUUUAAUUCCAACUAUCCAGAACCAGAAAUUAUCCUCAGUGGAAUUUCAUUUUGCACAAAGGGCAGUAAAAUAUACCAACCCAUUUCUCUUGGUGGCCUUCUUCAUCUGAAGACAGGUGAUCAGCUGAAGGUGGAUAUAAGACCUGUCAGUCCCAUUGACACCUCUGUCAAUCACAAAACCUUCUUUGGUGCUUUCUUGGUGUAAUGGAGGGUAUGUGCUGGGGGUAUACUGCUGAUAGAUACUAUGAUAGAGCCUUAUCCUUUGAGUAUGUUAAUUUAUCAAGCUCCUAUAUAUUAUUAUAGAUCACAUCAUCUAUAUUUUCAAAUUUUUAUAGUUUAUUUUAGAGCUAUUUAUAUUUGACCAAACUAAUUGUACAUCUUUAUUCCACAUAAGUUAAAGAGGUUUCCUGGAUUUUCAUAUUGAUGGUCUAUAAAUAUGAGAUCAAUGGGGGGAGUCCAACUCCUGGCACCCUCAAUAAUCAGCUGUUUGAGGAAGCCGAGCUCUGAUGACUGCCACUGCCUCCUCUCAGCUUACCAAGCACAGUGUUGUCCAUU